AGGAGGUAGGUGUAAAUUAUCAAAAAAAUAUAUAGGGGUAGGAAAGGAAUUAUUUUAUAAUUCAUGAUUUAUUAAAGUUGAAUUGAAUAAAUGAUGUAAAUGGAGGUUCCCAAUUUGGAUAUCAAGCACAAACAACAUAAAACGACGACGUUUAGGAAGCCUGCACGUAACGCAAAUCGUUAUAAAAAACCCUUUCAAUAACUUCGUCUUCAAAAAAACAAUUUCAUCUGUAGAAAAUAAAAUCCCAGCAUUUCUACCUGAUUCAAAACCAUGCGCAGCGAUUCCCAAAGGAAGCGGAAACGCGGCGGCUCCAAAAAUGCUACGCCGGAAACAACCGUACACGACGGCGACGCCUCCAUCUCCCCGGCCACCACCAGCGCCGACGUCAACACCGUGGAGCUCGUCAACCCCGCUGCUAUUCCCUCAUCCUCCGACCACAACGGCCGGCGCCGCGGCCGCCCCCCAAAAGCUCCCAAACCUGAAUCUUCCGCCGCUGCUAACAAUGGUAAAACCCCAGCGAUGUCGGUUUCGCCCAUAGUUAGUGCCGCGGUGUCCACUGCGCUGAUUAAUGCGGAGAAUGCCGUCGCUAGGGUUCUCCCCGCCAUGGACGCGGUGGUGAAGGUUUUCUGUGUUCACACUGAGCCGAACUUCUCGCUGCCGUGGCAGAGGAAACGGCAGUACAGCUCGAGUAGCAGUGGCUUUGUUAUCAAGGGGAGGAGGGUUUUGACGAAUGCGCAUUCUGUGGAGCACUAUACACAGGUUAAAUUAAAGAAGAGGGGCUCCGAUACGAAGUAUGUUGCCACCGUGCUUGCCAUUGGGACGGAAUGCGAUAUUGCUUUGCUUACAGUAGAUGAUGAUGAGUUCUGGGAAGGGGUCUCACCUGUAGAGUUUGGGGAUCUGCCUGCACUGCAAGAUGCUGUUACAGUUGUGGGUUAUCCAAUUGGGGGUGAUACAAUAUCUGUAACAAGCGGGGUUGUGUCACGAAUAGAAAUUCUUUCAUAUGUUCAUGGAUCAACUGAACUUCUGGGGUUGCAGAUAGAUGCUGCUAUUAACUCUGGAAAUUCUGGUGGCCCUGCUUUUAAUGACAAGGGAAAUUGUGUAGGUAUUGCGUUCCAAUCACUCAAGCAUGAGGAUGCAGAGAACAUCGGUUAUGUCAUACCAACACCAGUCAUUAUGCACUUUAUCCAAGAUUAUGAGAAGAAUGGAAAAUAUACUGGAUUUCCUAUUCUUGGUGUUGAGUGGCAGAAGAUGGAAAAUCCAGACUUGCGGUUGUCCAUGGGAAUGAAACCUGAUCAGAAGGGUGUGCGCAUAAGAAGAAUCGAUCCUACUGCUCCAGAGUUCGCGGUUUUGAAACCAUCAGAUAUAAUCCUUAGCUUUGAUAGGGUUGAUAUUGCUAAUGACGGAACAGUUCCAUUUAGGCAUGGAGAGCGCAUAGGCUUUAGCUACCUAGUGUCGCAAAAGUAUAGUGGAGAUAAUGCUGCAAUAAAAGUUCUUCGUAGUUCUGAAACUUUGAAGUUCAAUAUCAAACUUGAUACACAUAAAAGGCUCAUUCCAGCUCACAACAGGGGCAAACCUCCCUCAUAUUAUAUCGUUGCUGGAUUUGUUUUUACGACUGUUUCCGUUCCAUAUCUCCGUUCUGAGUAUGGAAAAGAUUACGAGUACGAAGCUCCAGUCAAGUUGCUAGACAAACUCUUGCACGAAAUGCGCCAGUCAGCCGAGGAACAAAUUGUCGUUGUUUCUCAGGUGCUUGUGGCUGAUAUAAACAUCGGAUACGAAGAAAUUGUCAACACUCAGGUUCUUGCCUUUAAUGGUCAGCCCGUGAAGAAUCUGAAAAGUUUAGCUAGCAUGGUAGAAAGCUGCAGUGAUGAGUAUUUGAAAUUCGAUUUGGAAUACCAGCAGAUUGUGGUCCUCCAAACGAAGACUGCGAAAGCAGCAACAUUGGACAUUCUUUCCACCCACUGUAUACCAUCAGCCAUGUCAGAUGAUCUCAAGACAUGAUUUAAUAAGCGAUAUAAUUGGCGCGAUAUUUCACUAUAAUUUCUUUUAUUUUUCUUCUACUUCAAUCCCAUUUUGAAACUACGGGGAAAAGUUAUAAGCCAUAUUCUUCGACAAAUUUUCAGCCAGUAGUGUUAUUAGUCAGUCAUCAAAGGACUUGUAGAGUUACAAACCAUGAUCUAUCUCGUUAGUUUUACGUGUUCUCUACUUUGUUCUCGUUCGUUGGAUUAUCUUCUUGUGUUACCUCUGGUUGGCUAUGUGAGGGCUCCUGUUUUUGGCAUUGAAAUUUAUUGAAGAAAUGAUUGUAGUUUACGAAACUUGUAUAAGAACUACCUGGUAUUUGUCCGAACCAUCGUGCUAUGCAGAGUUCCGUAGUAUUACGGCUUGAAUGCUUU